AUGAACACAGCAGCCAAACUGCUCGCGAAUGACCCAUCCAUCGAGUUUCACGCUUUGCAAAUCAUCUUCAUCCGCAUGCUGUGCACGACGAUCAUCUGCUCGAUUUACUCUUGGUACCAUGCGGUGCCUGACUUUCCUUUCGGCCAGAAAGGCAUCAAAGGGCUGCUCAUACUGAGAGGUACUGCAGGAUUCGUCGGUCUAUUUGGACUGUAUUACUCUCUGUCAUGGCUUGAAUUCUCCGACGCGACAGUAAUAACUUUCCUAAUCCCAACCAUGACAGCCAUUGUGUGCUUCCUAUGGUUACGCGAGCCAUUCACCUGGAAAGAAGCGCUUUGCAGCUUCGUCGCAUUCUGCGGCGUUCUCUUCGUCGCGAGACCACCAUGGCUAUUUCCCGCUUCGCACUCAAGGCCAAUAGCCGAUGACUCGGACGGGCAUGCACCGUUACCAUCAACUACCACCGAACAACGCGCUCUGGCAAUCCUCAUCGCGAUUCUAGGCACGCUUGGUGCUUCGACAGCCUACGCAACUAUCCGAGUGAUCGGCAAGCGCGCCCACUCGCUCAUCUCGGUGAAUUACUUUUCUCUCAUCGCAACGAUCGCCUCGUUCGUGCUCAUCCUGGUUCACCCUUCGUUACAUUUCGUCAUGCCCAAAACGCUCGGUCAGUGGGGAUUGAUCGCCAUUAUUGGGCUCUUCGGGUUUCUGUUGCAAUUUCUCUUGACGGAAGGCCUGCAGAGGGAGAAAGGUGGAAGAGCAACAAACUUGACGUAUCUGCAACUUGUCUUCGCGCUUGUUGUCGAGAAGGUGAUCUGGGGAACUACGCCGCCUGCUGAGAGCUUGGUGGGAGCCGUGCUUAUCAUCGGAGCGGCGAUUGCGGUCAGUCUGCAGAGGUCGGGUGGGAAGGAUGAUAAGAAAGCUGAAGUUGUCGAAGAAGAGAGGAGGCUGUUGGAGGAUGAGAAUUGA